AUGGAGAACUGGGAAGCGAUUCUCCGCGAGAACCUAAAGGGUUUGAUACAGCAGGUCGAUGACCGUUUAGCGACACAGCAGAGGAUCCUGGAGAAGCUUCUUUUGCAAAGGCCUCCAUUCUCCUCUUCCCCAAGCUCCGUCGCUCCCAAGCGGCUGCUGCAUGAUGAUCUUCCGGACGAGCUCCACUCCCCCAAAAUGGCGCAUCCCGGGGUGGACCUCAUGGACCCGUGGAAGGUUGAAGAAACCCCCGACGUCAGCGAGCCAACGGCGCAGCUGGACUCGCAGGUGUCUGGGGACACAAAGUUGGCGGAGUCGCAGGCGACGGAGCCAAUCAAGCGCAGGCAGCUGUCUCAGCAAAACUCCUAUGAGAUGGCACAGCAGGAGGAGAUGCGGAUGGCUCCUGAAUCUGAGCACAUAGAUAAGAGCAUGUCGAUCAACCACUUCGGGGCCCCGAAGCCGAAGGACAUCAAGGACCCGGCGCGGCGCUAUAUCGCGGAGCUUGUGUGGACCUGGCAGUUUGAGACAUUUUUCGCCCUGAUCAUCUUCGCCCAUGCCAUGCUUUUGGGUGUGCAGAUCGAGUGGGAGUGCUCCAACGUGAACGAGUCACUUCCCCAGGAAUUGGCCGUGAUCCACGCCUGCUUUACCUUUCUCUUCCUGGUCGAGGUCAUCCUUCGCAUCAUUGCUUCCGGUUGCAGGGAGUUUUUCUGCGGCGGUGCCGGUGCAUGGAACAUGCUGGACGUGUUCUUGGUGGUGGUCGCAUUAGUCGAACUAAUCGCAGAUGCUCUCGUGGAGGACAGCCUCUCCGCGGGCGGCUGGCGGCUGCUGCGGAUCCUGCGCCUGGCGCGGUCCGCCCGGGGCCUGCGCAUCGUGCGGCUGCUGCGCUUUGUGCGGCCCUUGAGGCUGCUGGUGUUCUCCAUUGCAAUUACCUUGAAGUCUCUGGUCUGGUCGAUCAUACUGCUGCUGCUGAUCAUCUACCUCUUCAGCCUUCUUUUUGCCGACGCCAACCUCACCUACCUGCACAGUCCUGAGGCGGUGUGGGAUGAAGAUCAGGACAAAAACCUGAAGUUCCACUUUGGCACGGUGCUGGUGUCCAUGCACACCUUGUUUCGUGCCAUCAGUGGAGGCCUGGAGUGGCGCCACGCGGUGAUGGCGCUGGAGAAUUCCUUGGGCUGGGGCUGGUCGUCGCUCUUCACGCUGUACAUAGCGUUCUGCUGUUUUGCAGUGCUCAACGUGAUGACGGGGGUGUUUUGUCAUAGCGCCAUCACUGGCGCAGAGCAAGAUCAUGAACUUAUGGUGCAGUCCAUGGUCAACGAGCAAGAGAGGAUUAAAGCGGCGUUCGCUGACCUUUUUCGCCGCAUGGACAAGGAUGGCAGCGGCACCAUCACCAUCAGGGAAUUCGAAAACCAGUUCCAUGUGCAGAACACCAAGGCCCUGUUCGAAGCUCUGGGCCUCAAGGCGGAGGACGCCUGGACCCUCUUCCGUUCCCUGGACAAGGAUGGUGACCACUGUAUCGGCGAGGCGGAGUUUGUGGAAGGAUGCAUCCAUGUCCGCGGGCCUGCGCGGGAAGUUGACUUGCUUCGACAAUCGCAGCGGACAAGGAUCCAGCUGGAGACCUUGGAGCAGAACUCCCAGGAGUUGUCGCUGCUGCUGCAGGGAGUGGCCCAGGUGCUCAAGGUAGGUUGCGUUCUGAGAUUGUAUGUGUUCGUCGCUUUCCUGGGCUUCGAGAGGCCCGUGCACGGCGGGUGCCUUUGCCGCGCGCUGUGCUUGGAUGCUGAUGCAAUGAAUUUCGUGCAUCUCACAGCCAUGAAAAGCCAGAGGCGACUUGCCCUGCUUACCAGACCUGGUGCGCCCGUCACAGGUUGGGAUGCAUUUGGUGACGCUGGGCUGGGAUCCGAAUCGCACAUGCCCGUGCCAGCCUUGGUGCAGAGGAACAUCGAAACACUCUGCCUACUGGAGGACAAGUGGCUGAACCCAGAUCUCAUCAGGCUCAGGAGCCCGGAGCAGUGCAAACCGCGCCCAACGGAUGACGAUCUUCUGGAUGAAGUGCUGAAGGAAAUCGCUGCAGCCUUGCUGCAUGCGGAUGUCAACGUCCGCUAUGUCUCCGAGUUGAGGAAUAAUGUGAAGAAGCGUGUGCUUCUGGAAAGCGACGCCAGCGGCGUGAACAAGCGAAAGCUGAUCCAGAAGGCUGUUGUGGAGGAGCUAGUGCGCCUCGUGUCCACAGACCGGAAGCCCUACAAGCUGGAGAAAGGAAAGGUCAACAUCAUCAUGUUUGUGGGCCUGCAGGGCAGUGGAAAAACAACCACGUGCACCAAGUAUGCGCAUUACUACAACCGCAAAGGUUGGAAGACUGCUCUGGUGUGUGCGGACACCUUCCGUGCCGGUGCCUUUGACCAGCUGAAGCAGAACGCCUCAAAGGUGAGAAUACCUUUCUAUGGCGACUAUAACGAGACGGAUCCUGUGAAGAUCGCAGAGGAAGGUGUGGAGCUAUUCAAGAAAGAAAAGUACGACCUCAUCAUCGUUGAUACCUCUGGGCGGCACAAGCAGGAAACUGCGCUCUUUGAUGAGAUGAAGCAGGUGGCAGAGGUCGUCCAGCCCAAUGACACCAUCUUCAUUAUGGAUUCGCACAUUGGCCAGGCGUGCUUCGAUCAGGCCAGGGCCUUUAGGGAAGUGGUGGACAUUGGCAGCGUCAUCAUCACCAAGCUGGACGGCCAUGCCAAGGGCGGAGGUGCCCUCUCCGCCGUCUCUGCUACGAAUUCGCCCAUCAUUUUUCUUGGCACGGGCGAGCAUUUCGAUGAGUUUCAGCCAUUCGAUGCGCAGAGCUUCGUGUCGCGCCUUCUUGGCAUGGGCGACCUCAAGGGGCUCUUCCAGACAAUCACAGAGGCUAUGCCCCUGGAUAAGCAGCCGGAGCUGCUGAACAAGAUCUCCAAGGGAAGGUUUUCCUUGCGAGAUCUCUACGAGCAGUUCCAGAACCUGCAGAAGAUGGGACCCAUGAGCCAGCUCAUGCAGAUGAUCCCUGGCAUGUCGAACCUGAUGCCAGCAGGUGCAGAGAAGGAAGGCGUAAAGCGCAUCAAGCGCUUUAUGGUCAUUAUGGACAGCAUGACCGACGCCGAGCUGGACUGCGAGGUGCAGCUGAACGACUCCCGAAAGCUGCGGAUUGCCCGGGGCGCUGGCUCUUCCAUCCCUGAGGUGAACUUGCUGAUGGACGAGUACAAGAGGAUGGAGAAGAUGGUGGGCAAGAUGGGCAAGAGCGGGCUGUUUGGCAAGGGUGGCGACCUCACGCAACUUCAGCGGAAUCCUGGCCAGGCAGGGUCCAAACACGUCUCUCCACCAAACGUACAUCGCGAUGUUCCCAAUGUGGAAGCUUCCAUUGUCUUCUUGUGA